CGAAAGUGAUGGUACGCACGAAAAAGCCGAUUUUAAUUGACGGACGUGGGCAUCUGCUAGGCCGACUGGCAUCAGUCGUUGCCAAGCAGAUCCUGACCGGUAAUGCAGUGGUCGUGGUGCGCUGCGAGGGUCUGCAACUCUCCGGCCAUUUCUUCCGCAACAAGAUCAAGUUCUUGGCUUAUCUGCGGAAACGAUGCAACGUCAACCCGGCACGCGGUCCGUUCCAUUUCCGCGCUCCGAGCCGUAUGCUGUGGAAGGCCAUUCGUGGAAUGGUUCCACAUAAGACCAAGCGCGGCCAAAAUGCGCUACGGCGCCUGAAGGUUUACGAGGGUAUUCCACCGCCAUACGACAAGAUGAAGCGUGUGUGUGUUCCCAUCGCUUUGCGACAGCUUUGCUUGCGACCGGACAGAAAGUACUGUACGGUUGAUCGCGUUGCUCAUGAAGUCGGCUGGAAGUACCGCGACGUUGUGAACAACCUUGAAGCCAAGCGCAAGAUUAAGGCUCGCAUUGCUUACAUGCACAAGAAGAAAUUGAAGAAUAUCACCUGGAAGGCACGUGCAGCUGUUGCCAAGAAGAUUGAACCACAGAACGCUGUUCUGAAGCAGUAUGGCUAUCUGACGUCCGAGUUCGAGCAGAAGAAUAACCGGCCAGUGUUGAACGCGGUCACACCGAAGCUUGGAAAGCGCAAGCGUAAGGAACUGUUCGUUGCCGCAAAGGCUGCACGUAAAGCCGCUAAGCUCGAAGCAAAGGCUGCCGGCAAGCUUAAAAAGUCAACUAAGCCUAAAGCAAAGGCCAAGGCCCCGGUUAAGGCGAAGGCUUGAUUUGAAAGCUGAGUAGAGAAGUAACGCUAAGACGGGAAUCAAUUGGUGGCGCUUACGAAUAAUGAGCAGAUUUAGAAGAACAAUGCUCUUUAAGAUGGUAACUCGUAUCAGUGUUGUGUACGCUUUCGACCAACAAUCUGGAGUAUCCUAAACCAACGCCGGAAUGAAAGGAAAAGAAGAGAAAAUACAAACAUUCGCGCUUCGUGCAAAAAAAACACAAAUUUAACACUCA